CUCGGCAGCUAACUGUUAAACGAAUCGUAAAAUGUCGAGGAAGAAAAAACACAGCGACGACGAAGAAGAUGAAACCUUCUACUACCGCUACUCCUCCGCACCUUCACCGGCGCCGUCGUCCUCCGCCACGUCCAAAACCUCUUCCACUUCGCGCGGCAGCGGAAGCGGCAGCGGCGGACUAGCUCCAUCAAAAUCAACAGUGUACGUGAGUAAUCUCGAUUAUACCCUCACAAACUCCGACCUCCAUACAAUCUUCUCCACUUUCGGUAAGGUCGCUAAAGUAACCGUCGUUAAAGACCGGGUGACCCGAAAGAGCCGCGGAGUAGCAUUCAUCCUCUUCGUUUCAAGAGAAGACGCAACUAAAGCCGUGAAAGGAAUUGACAAAAAGGUCCUUAAUGGCCGAACCCUAACGGCGUCAAUCGCCUCGGAUAACGGCCGUGCAGCAGAGUUUAUAAGGAAGAAGAUUUAUAAGGAUAAAAGUAGGUGUUAUGAGUGUGGAGAAGAAGGGCAUUUAUCGUAUGAGUGUCAUAAGAAUGUGUUUGGACCAAGGGAAAGGCCCGAGCCGUCGAAGAAAGGGCGGAGGGGUGGUGGUGGUGGUGGUGGGAAGGGGGGCGGUGGGGGUGGGGAGUGGGAGGAGGAUGGGGAGGGGGAGGACGAAGGUGGAGAGGGUUUUGAUGAUGAUAAUUGGGCUUCAGUAGUGGAUAGAGGAGCAGAAGAGAGACUAUUGAAGGGAGAUGAUAAUGAAGAAUGUAAGAAGGAGAAAAGGAGGGAGAAAAAGAGGAAGGGUUAUUUUAGUGAUGAAAGUGAUGAGGAUGAUUGAUUAAAAAUGGGAGCUUUUUGCUCCAUAGCUUACCAUGCUAAGUAAGUUGUGUAUUCAAGGGUAGAAGGGCGAGCCCAUUAUCCCGAGUUUCGAAGGUUGUGAGUGGUACUAAGGGUUGGCCCCUGAUGGAUUUAUCAGUCAUAAAAAAAGGAGCUUUUAGCUUAUCUCUGUAGUUGAGGAAUGAUUUUCUAUAGUGUUAAUCAAAGGCUUUGACCAUGAUUCCAAGGGUCUGUGAUUAAGUUCUGUAACUGGAUUUGUUUGGGGAGGUCUUCGGCUCUUCGCACUCCAAACUCUCCUGAAGUUGAAUCGCAUCUGCUAUAUUGGAGUCCUCCCUUGAUAUGUAUUAUUGAGUCCGUCCAGUGGUGUCUUCUCUGGAGACUUCGAUGAAAGUUGAAACAUUUGAGAAUUUUUAGUCCUCUAGGUGUGGUGGUGCAUUGACUUCUCCAUUACUUUUUAUCCGUGCUUCUCUUGGAAACCAUCGUCCUCAGUUUUUCUUUAUGAGAUAGUGAGGGAGAGGGCUGGAUAAAGUUAGAAAAAAGAACCACCAACAACAAUAAUAACAACUACACCUCAAGCCCCAAGUAGGCGCAGUCAGCAAUAUAUGAAUCCUUUAUAUCCAUUCUACUCUAUACGAGCCCAAGAUUCCAAGAGUUCAUAUGAGUAUUCUUGAUAGCUCCACAGACUGUUUCUUUCUGCUGCUUGAUAAUACUUUUGGCAGUGGAAUUUCAUUUUCUGUAUCUCUGUAGCGACACAUUUGCAUCCACUCACAUUUUACUGUUUGCACAUAAUUGUGAUCCAACAAUGAGUAGAGCAGGUGGGCUAUAACUAAGAGUUGAUGUUGUUUCGCCUCAUGUUGCGCUUUCAGAGAAGUGCCCGUGACACCAGUCCUGCAAGAAUUAAAUUACGCAGAUAUGGUGGUGCUGUUGCAUUUAUAACCAUGGGUUUCAGAUUAACCUAACAUUUCCCAGUUUUGCUUAGUCUUGGUGUCACUUUUUAAUGCUCUUUCCAGAGUUUGCCCCUUUACCCUUCUUGUGAACCCUGACAUGCCUCAUUUUGCAUUCUCUGUUGGUUAUCUGUUAGUAUAUGUUAUACCUU